UUCAUAUUUAACCCAGGCACUGAAAGAAGAGGAUAACAUUUCAGCUGAGAAGCAAAAUGGCCUCUCUACUACUUAUAAGUCAGUUGCUCCUUGUUGCACUGUUAAGCUGGAAUGUCCACUGCUUUCCUGCUAAGAAAGGCUUGAGCCAGCAAGAAUCUAAUGUGGGGAGUAAUGACCUGAUUCCAGCUCCUGGCCUCCAUUAUGCCCCUGCUCAGCCGGCCUCCUUUAUGUAUGAACCACAACCAGCAAUGGAGAUUAGUCCUGCUAGCUCCACCCCAGCCUUCGACAAUGUGGCUUCAUUGAGUACUGCUCCUCGUGGGGCUUAUACUGGAGGGUCUACAUCUGCUCACAGCCUGGCUCAGCCCCUGCAUUCCCUUAGUAUUUCUUCCCCUCAGCCAACCUACCAUGGAGGCGAUCUUGACAACUAUGUGGGAAGAUAUGAGCAUGGUAAUUCUGGCCUAGAAACCGCAGAGCUGGGUCAUCCCUCAACGCCUUCAGGACCUGUUUAUCAAGGUGGGGACCUUGACAACUAUCUGGGAAGAUAUGAGCAUGGAGCCUCGGGCCGACAAACAGAGGAGCUGGGUCAUCAGUCAACACCGUCAGGAUCCCCGUACCAGGGUGGUGAUCUUGACAACUAUUUGGGUAGAUAUGAGCAUGGUGGUUCUGAAAGAGAAACUGAGGAGCUGGGCCAUCAGUCAGGCUCUACAGGAUCUGCCUACCAGGGUGGCGAUCUUGACAACUAUAUGGGAAGAUAUGAGCAUGGUGGGUCAGAACGGGAAACCGAGGAGCUUGGUCAUCAGUCAACCUCUACAGGGUCUGCCUACCAGGGUGGUGAUCUCGACAACUAUAUGGGAAGAUAUGAGCAUGGUGGGUCAGAACGGGAAACCGAGGAGCUUGGUCAUCAGUCAACCUCUACAGGGUCUGCCUACCAGGGUGGUGAUCUCGACAACUAUAUGGGAAGAUAUGAGCAUGGUGGGUCAGAACGGGAAACCGAGGAGCUUGGCCAUCAAGCCACCUCUACAGGGUCUGCCUACCAAGGUGGUGAUCUCGACAACUACGAAGGACGCUUUGAGCAUGGUGGCUCUGAACGGGAAACUGAGGAGCUUGGCCAUCAAUCCACCUCUACAGGGUCUGUCUACCAGGGUGGUGAUCUCGACAACUAUGAGGGACGCUUUGAGCAUGGUGGCUCUGAACGGGAAACCGAGGAGCUGGGUCAUCAAUCCACCUCAACAGGGUCUGUCUACCAAGGUGGUGAUCUUGACAACUACGAGGGGCGCUUCGAGCAUGGUGGUUCUGAACGAGAAACCGAGGAGCUGAGUCAUCAGUCAACUUCUUCAGAAUCAGCUUACCAGGGUGGCGACCUGAGUCAUUAUGAAGCUGUGCUCGAGCAUGGAUCUGCAGAGAGGGAAACUGAAGAUUUUGGCCACAUGCAACCACGUUCUUCCCAGUUUCAACAAGGAGCCGGCCAAUCCUAUCCUGCCCAGACUAUCCUUGGAAGUGAUUCGUCAUCAGCUGUCUCUGUGUCCGAAGGUCCCGAGCAGCUAGUUUCACAAGAACUAGGACUUUUGAGACCCGACCAGUUCUUCCUCUUCCUGACUGGUCAGCUUCCUCCUGGUAUAGUCACAAAUUACCAGUCAGGCUUUGAAGUUGGCAGAGACCACAUGGAUCAAGUCCAUUACGAGAGGUACUACAUUCCCAUGGCUGAAUACCAACCCAUUCCCAUAGUGCAACAGCAACCCAUCGUUCAGCAGCAAGCUAUGCCCACUAAGACCAAGGGGGCUCCCAACGAUCAUGUGAUGCAGAAGCCCCAGGACUACACCAAAAUUUAAGCAGGAUUAAGUUUGAGAACCAACUUUGAGGAUCUGGGUAAAGGCGGCUCCAGCCCCUGCAGUUUACUCAUGUGUGUUCAAGUUGCUUGUUCUAAAAUUUAAAUAAAAUGUUGAACUAAA